CCCAGUCCCGCCUCCCGGCGCCCGCGGCCCGGCGGAAGGACGCGAGCCGCCGGGAGUCCCGGGAGUCCCGGGAGGUGGACUUGGCACCGCGGGCCCGCGCCCCGGCGCCCCUGCCGCCCUCCCCGCAUGGAGACCGCGGGGCGCGCGCAGGCGGCGCGGGACCGCGUCCCCAGGGUUGAUCCGUACGGGUGAAGGCCUGAAGACUUUGAUUAUGCAGCUUAUGAAGAGUUUUUCUCCGCCUACCUGGUGAUACUCACCAGAAGAGCCAUAAAAUGGUCCAAACUUCUCAAGGGAGGCGGUGGUGUCCAGAAGAGUAUGACGGUGAAGCGCUACAUCCGGAAGGGUGUCCCGCUGGAGCACCGCGCCCGCGUCUGGAUGGGGGUGAGCGGAGCCCAGGCCCAGAUGGACCGGAACCCCGGCUACUACCACCGUCUCCUCCAGGGAGAGAGGAAUGACAGCCUGGAGGAGGCCAUCAGGACAGACGUGACCAGGACCUUCCCCGACAACGUGAGGUUCCGGAAGGGCGCCGAGCCCUGCCUGCAGAGAACCCUGUACAACGUGCUGCUGGCCUACGGGCACCACAACCGCGGCGUGGGGUACUGCCAGGGCAUGAACUUCAUAGCGGGGUAUCUGAUUCUGAUCACGAAGAACGAAGAGGAGGCCUUCUGGCUGCUGGACGCCCUCGUCGGCAGGAUCCUUCCGGACUAUUACAGCCCCUCGAUGCUGGGCCUGCGGAUGGACCAGGAGGUGCUCGGCGAGCUGGUGAGGACCAAGCUGCCGGCGGUGGCGGCCCUGAUGGACGGGCACGGCGUGCUGUGGACGCUGGUCGUGUCGCGCUGGUUCAUCUGCCUGUUCGUGGACGUGCUGCCCGUGGAGACGGUGCUCCGCGUCUGGGAUUGUCUGUUCAGCGAAGGCUCCAAGAUCAUCUUCCGCGUGGCCCUGACCCUCAUCAAGCAGCACCAGGCCUUCAUCCUGGAGGCCACCAGCGUCCCCGACAUCUGUGAGCGGUUCAAGGAGAUCACCAGGGGGGGCUUCGUGACCGAGUGCCACGCCUUCAUGCAGAAAAUAUUCUCGGAGCCGGGGAGCCUGUCCAUGGCCCACAUCACCAGGCUGAGGGAGCGCUGCCGGGCUAAGCUGCUGGCGCAGGGGUGACCCGUCUGCGUGGCUUCCCCCAGUGCUGAGGGCUCCGAGCUGCUGCUGCGCUGCAGCCCGGAGUCUUCAAAGAGUGGGUUCAAGCGCACACUCUUAACUCCUCAUUGUGGGCUGUACAGCCAUGUUUCUAGAAAUAUAUUUUUACCUGUGA